GGCGGGAGGAGGGUCAGCGAGCGCACGCCACGUGACUCGGCUGCCAGCUGAGCUCGCGAGUUUGACAGAAGUUUGAAUCGGACUCGGGGGCUUUCUGCAGCCGGAGGGGCAGAGCGGCCGUCCCGGCCUCGGCGAGCGCCAGCUGCAGCGCCCCCGCCAUCCGCCCAGCCAGUCUGGAGCCCCGGCCGCCGACGGCCGCCCGCGCUCCAGCACAGCUCGCUGCCCCGGCGGCUGAUCAGCAGCCCCUCGUCCCACCGCGGUACCCGCAGCUUCCCGGCCAGGGAGCCGAGCCCCGGCGCUGCGCCCCGGCCCCACUCUGCGAGCAUGUCUUCGACGGAGGGCUCGAGUCGCGCGGCCGACAAGUCGCCGCGCCAGCAGGUGGACCGCCUGCUGGUGGGGUUGCGCUGGCGGCGGCUGGAGGAGCCGUUGGGCUUCAUCAAAGUUCUCCAGUGGCUCUUUGCUAUUUUCGCCUUCGGGUCCUGCGGCUCCUACAGCGGGGAGACAGGAGCAACAGUUCGCUGCAACAACGAAGCCAAGGAUGUGAGCUCCAUCAUUGUUUUGUUCGGCUAUCCCUUCAGGUUGAACCGGGUCCAGUAUGAGAUGCCCCUCUGUGAUGAUGACUCCACUUCCAAGACCAUGCACCUGAUGGGGGAUUUCUCUGCUCCUGCCGAGUUCUUUGUGACCCUGGGCAUCUUCUCCUUCUUCUACACCAUGGCUGCGCUAGUCCUCUACCUGCGCUUCCACAACCUCUACACAGAGAACAAGCGCUUCCCACUGGUGGACUUCUGUGUGACUGUCUCCUUCACCUUCUUCUGGCUGGUAGCUGCGGCCGCCUGGGGCAAGGGCUUGACGGACAUCAAGGGGGCCACGCGGCCAUCCAGCCUGACAGCAGCCAUGUCUGUGUGCCAUGGAGAGGAAGCAGUGUGCAGUGCUGGGGCCACACCCUCGAUGGGACUGGCCAACAUCUCUGUGCUCUUCGGCUUCAUCAACUUUUUCCUGUGGGCUGGGAACUGUUGGUUUGUGUUCAAGGAGACCCCAUGGCACGGGCAGGGCCAGGACCAGGGCCAGGGCCCUAGCCAGGAGAGCGCAGCGGAGCAGGGAGCAGUGGAGAAGCAGUAAGCAGCCCCUACCUGGCUACUCCCGAACAGGACAGCACCUCUUCAACCACCUCCGGCUUCCAGGACCUCCCUCUUCUUCCUUCUCCAACUCCCCUCCCCGAUCAUUCUGGGCUCUGAGCUUUGAGACGACGCUAAUGGAUGGGCAGGCAUCAGCUGUCAGAAACCUGGGCAGCCCUCCCAGUGGCUUCCUAUCCAGCCUCUGGCUGGAGCCUCGGAAGGCAGGAGCUCAGUGCUUCUUGUCUACUGCCUGAAACCCAGCAUCUUACUUGGGGUCUUACUCGUACCCUUGCAGCCUCUGAGAAUGAGCAUCUACUGCAAGGGGCUGGAGAGCAGAGUCCUGAGACUGGUUCCUAGCAGCCACUUCUAUCAACCUGUUGGCUUCAAUAAAAGUGGGGGGAGGGGAAAUUGGCUGGCAACCUUUUUCCUGUUCCCUUGCAUGAAGGGCCCACCAGUGGUUCAGGAACUCCCUCCCCCCACCCCAGUGGCUGUCAUCUAAGACUUGUGUCUCCCCAAUCACCAGUCAGCCCCAGCUCUCCCACUUUUCCCUCUGGCCUCUGCUCACCCACACAGCCUACCAUGUGGGAAGCCACAACUAGCCUAGAAAAAAGCUCUGUAGAGGGUCCUGAUGAGGCCUGGACUUAGUGGGGAGCAGAAAUAUUGCAACUGGGUUGCAACUUCAAGACACUGAAGCCAGGGCACUUGCUGGGGAAGCAUUUCUUCUGUUCCCUCUGUCCUCCCAACCCUCCAGGCUGGGGCACUUUCUACCAAAACUACACUUGUACUUGCCCUAGAAAUCUGACUUUCCUUCCUGGCCUCCUUCUUGGGCUUAGUCCCACAUAUAGGACACAAGAUGAGGGGUCUAGGAACAUCUCCAUUUCAGUCCUCCCUGCCUCCAAUCUUUCCGUCCAUCUCCCUUCCCCAGCCUCUUGGGUCUGAGGCAUUCAAGAUCCUUUCCCAUGUCUUUCUAGGCCUUCCUUUCAUUCCUGUGGGUCCAGAUAGGGACUUUGGAAGGGUCCAAAGGACCAUCAUGAGGCUAAGUUGCCCAGAGCCCCAGGACAU